AUGGCAACUGAAGGCCCUAUGCACAGAGUCGAAUCCGCGACUGUAGAGUACGGAUAUCCUCGCGGCCAUCUGGGGCACCUCUCCAACGAGGAGCAGGCGGCUUUCAAGGACUUCAAGAUUUUAUGCCAGGAAAAGGGAUACUACAGACCUGCAACCGCCGACGAGGUAGAAACGCACGACGAUGCGACGCUUCUCCGUUUUCUGCGAGCCCGUCGCUUCGUAAUCGCAGAUGCGUUAAAGCAGUUCAAGGAGACGAAUGAUUGGCGGAAGGCAAACCAACUAGACACCCUCUACGAGACCAUCGACCUGGACCAGUACGAGGAGACGCGUAGAUUGUACCCCCAAUGGACAGGCCGCCGCGACCGUCGCGGCAUCCCGGUCUACGUCUUUGAAAUCAAGCAUCUCAACUCGAAAAAAAUGUCUGCCUACGAGAAGGCGGCGAAAGCAACCUCCUCCAAAGCCAGCACCGACGGCAGGACGCCUGCGAAAAUGCUACGUUUAUUUGCACUAUAUGAGAACCUGAUUCGUUUUGUGAUGCCGCUGUGUACAGCACUUACUGAUAGAGAGCACCCAAGGACGCCGAUCACGCAGAGUAAUAACAUUGUAGAUAUUUCGGGGGUUGGGUUGAAACAGUUUUGGAAUUUGAGGGCACAUAUGCAGGAUGCCAGCAUGCUGGCAACGGCGCAUUAUCCCGAAACGCUGGAUAGGAUAUUCAUUAUCGGCGCCCCCUCCUUCUUCCCCACCGUCUGGGGCUGGAUCAAGAAAUGGUUCGACCCCAUCACCACCUCCAAGAUCUUCAUCCUCUCGCACGCCGAGAUGAAGAAUACGCUAGAGUCUUUCAUCGACCCUGUCAACAUCCCCGUCAAAUACGGCGGGAAGCUUAAAUUUGAAUUUGGCGACCUCCCCCUGCUAGAUCCCGCCUUGGCCAAAGUGACGAAGUGGAAUGCGGGCAAGAGUGACUUUCCCCAUGGCCCAAUGUACUGGACCAACAAGAAAGGGCAGCCGGUUGAAGGGGAAGAGGUAGAAAUGGAGCGGGAGAUCACGGCGCAGAGCGUGGGCAGCAUUGCUGGCAAGGCCAGAAAGGUGGAAGUGUGCACGGUCACUCACGUGUUGGAUGGUAAUAAUGCUGUGGACGCCGUCACGAACGGCCAUGCUAUGGCGGGCACCGUGAACGCGAAUGCUGCGUCUGACGCACAGGCUGUCGACAGCGACGUCAAGCCAUCUCUUCCAAGCUCAGACGCCAAUGGCGAGAAACCAAAAGCAGCCGCCAUCUUGGUCCCCACACAAGCCCAGCCCGAAGCCCCAAUCGUGCAUCCGACACCCGCUCAAAAGGUAGAAGAGGGAGUACCAGUUCCCGCGAGCAGACCGGUACCAGAGAGAUUCGUCACCGCCUUAGAAGGGUUUCCUACGAAGGCGGGACAGGGCGCAGAGUUGAGUACCGGUAGUGCUGUGGAAGGAUUGGAAUUUGGUAAGAAAAGCGGGAAUGUGGAUGGGAAUGUUGCAGUCACGAAUGGGAACGGGGGAGUGAAAGGCCCGCAUAGUACCAUGACGGCGAAUCUGCUGGAUCCGAGCUUGGCAGUUGGUGCUGCGGGGCCUGGUUUCAGGAAGGAGGGGGAAAAGGCUUAG